CCUCUUCAGCUCAGCAAAGAGCAAAAGCCGUAGAGUGCAGAAGUAGCACUCCUGUCUGAAAGCAAGGAAGAGCUUACAAAAACAAACAGAAAGACAUGGACUGAUACACCUCUAAGGAACAGGCAAAACCAAGAGAAAUUGAAGAUCACAUUCUUCAUCUAUCAAGCACUAUGUCUCGCCCUGCACACAGAAGACCAGCAUAUCAUAAAAUAAAUAAAGAUCUCUUUGUCCUUACCUAUGGAGCUCUGGUUGCCCAGCUGUGUAAGGAUUAUGAGAAAGAUGAAGAUGUGAAUCAAUAUUUAGAUAAAAUGGGUUAUGGCAUUGGAACGCGGCUUGUGGAAGACUUUUUGGCUCGAUCCUGUGUGGGAAGAUGCCAUAGUUAUUCAGAAAUUACAGACAUAAUUGCCCAGGUUGCUUUCAAGAUGUACCUGGGAAUUACACCAAGUGUGACCUGUAAUAAUUCAAGCAGAAAUGAAUUUUCCCUGAUUCUAGACAAGAAUCCUCUGGUGGAGUUUGUGGAAGAGCUCCCUGCUGGGAGAUCUUCUCUGUGCUACUGCAACUUGCUCUGUGGGAUUAUCAGAGGUGCCUUGGAAAUGGUUCACUUGGCUGCUGAUGUUACAUUCUUGCAAGACAGACUAAAAGGUGACAGUGUGACAGAAAUAGGAAUAACGUUUCUAAAAAAACGAGAGGAGAAAAAAUAUAGACGGAAAAAAUGAAGAACAGCAUGGAAAAUGCCACAGGGUGGCUACUUGAGUUAGUAUUAGCGAAACCUGUAUAGGCAUAGAAAUUUUGAAUUGCUUAAUAACAUGAGCUUUGAAAGGCUUAUAAAUCACCAGAAAUGUGAAAUGCAAGACAUGAUAAUUUAAAGGGCUUUUUUUCCCUUUUGCUUUUAAAUAACACAUUUUCAGUCUCAUGUCCAUAAAAUUUCAUAUGCAAAUAACCUCCUAUAAGAUAGCAAGCAGGAAUUCCACAUAUUAUGCUGUCCAUCCUCAGAGAAGCUAUUCAUUCUAUUUACAUAUGGUAAUGGGGAACAAAAGCACCACCAAUACAAACAAUUAUGCAUUUAUCUCUUUGCUGAAAAAAAUGAAUGAAAUGAUACAGCAUAGAGUUUACUAUAUAUAGACAGUAGUUUCUAGAUACUGUAUAUUGCAUUCCUUACAGAAACAGUUCCAUUUGUAACACAUUUCCAUAUUUAUAAAAAAAGAUGUGAUUUUUCUCGUAUAUUAGCUUGGCUUAUAGCUUUAGCCUCCUGAAGCUACCCUUGGUUUGUAAUCACCAAGUUAAGCUAUUUAUUCAAUGAUGAUUUUGAAACAUUUAUAAAUGGCAUUUAAUUUUAAUUAAUUUUAAUUAAUUUAAUUUUUAGCUGAUAUUAACCAAGUUCUUAUUUUUCUCAUAAAAUAUUGCUUGUCAGGUCAGGAAAUUUCUAAAAUAAGGGAUAAUAUUCUUUGGAAAUGCUUUCUUACCCCAAAGCUUACUAAUUUAGAAUUUCUACCAUCAUUUUUAGCUCCUAAAAAAUCUUCCAGAGAAUGUUUUCUCUGUGACCAGAACACAUUUAAAAUUCAAGGGUACUGGGUUAAAUACACAGUAAUCUUCACCAGACCAUUGACACACAAGGGCAGCCUAUAGGCAGCCCAGAAUCUACUAGGUUCUGCAGAGAGCCCAAGCUGUAAGUCCAAGUUAUAAUUAGCAUAAUACCACCCUACAGAACUGGAGAAAAUAUUUUCAAACUACCUAUCUGACACCCUUGUGUUAUUAAUAACCAGAAAAUAUAAGGAGUUCAAACAACUCCAUAGGAAAAAAAAAACAAUAAAAUGGGCAAAAGAUCUGAAUAGACAUUUCUCAAAAGAAGGCAUAGAAAUAGCAAACAGGUAUAUGAAAAGGUGUGCAGCAUCACUGAUCAUCAGAGAAAUGCAAAUCAAAACUAUAAUGAGAUGACAUCUCACCCUAGUUUAAUGUGGCUUUUAUCCAAAACAGGCAAUAAUGAAUACUUGCAAAGAUGUGGAAAAGAGGGAACUCUGGUACACUGUUGGUGGGAAUAUAAAUUAGUAUAACCACGAUGGAGAAUGGUUUGGAGGUCCCUCAUAAAAUAAAAAAUAGAACUGUCAUAUGAUCCAGCAAUCCUACUGUUGGGUAUAUACCAAAAAUAAAGGAAAUCAGUAUAUCAAAAAUAUAUCUGCACUCACUUGUUUAUUGUAGCACUAUUCACAAUAGCUAAGAUUUGGAAGAAAUCUUAGUGCUCUUCAAUAGAUGAAUGAAUAAAGAAAAUGUGGUACAUAUACACAAUGGAGUACUAUUCAGCCAUAAAGAAGAAUAAGAUCCUGUCAUUUGCAACAACAUGGAUGGAACAGAGAUGAUUAUGCUCAGGGAAAUAUGUCAGGACAGAAAGACAGACUGCAUAUUCUCACUUAUUUGUAGGAGCUAAAAAUUAAAACAAUGGAACUCAUGAAGAUAUAGGGUAAAAUGAUAGAUACCAGAAGCUGGCAAGGGUAGUGCCAGGAGGAGUGGAGAUGGUUAAUGGGUACAAAAAUCUAGUUAGAUAGAAUGAAUAAGACCUGGUCCAGGCAUGGUGGCACAAGCCUGUAAUCCCCACACUUUGGGGUGUCUAAGUGGGAGGAUUGCUUAAGCCCAGGAGUUUGAGACCAGCCUGGAUAACAUAGACUCCUGUCUCU